AUGGCCGAUGUAACCUCAGAAUGUAAUAUCAAAGUUUUGUGUCGCUUUCGCCCCCUGAAUCAAUCGGAGAUUCUGCGUGGGGAUCAAUUUAUCCCUAAAUUUCAAGGAGAUGACAGUGUCAACGUUGGGGGGCGGUCCUAUGUGUUCGACCGGGUUUUUCCCACCAACACCACUCAGGAGCAGGUCUACAAUGCCUGUGCUAAGCAAAUUGUCAAGGAUGUGCUGGGUGGAUACAAUGGCACUAUUUUCGCAUAUGGACAGACGGCCUCUGGGAAGACUCACACCAUGGAGGGCAAACUGCAUGACCCCAAUCAGAUGGGCAUCAUCCCCAGGAUUGCAGAGGACAUCUUCAACCAUAUUUUUGGCAUGGAUGAGAACCUGGAGUUCCACAUCAAGGUUUCAUAUUUUGAAGUCUAUAUGGACAAAAUUCGUGAUCUCCUGGAUGUGACCAAGACUAACCUGGCUGUUCAUGAGGAUAAGAACAAGAUCCCAUAUGUAAAGGGUUGCACUGAGCGCUUUGUGUCCAGCCCUGAUGAGGUCAUGGAUGUCAUUGACGAGGGGAAAAACAACCGCCAUGUUGCCGUGACCAACAUGAAUGAGCACAGCUCUCGCAGUCACAGCAUCUUCCUGAUCAACAUCAAGCAGGAGCAUACGGAGACAGAGCAGAAGCUGUGUGGGAAACUCUAUCUGGUGGACUUGGCUGGUAGUGAAAAGGUCAGCAAAACCGGUGCUGCGGGCGCCGUCCUUGAUGAGGCCAAAAACAUCAAUAAGUCUCUGUCCGCUCUGGGCAAUGUGAUAUCUGCUCUGGCUGAAGGGACGAAAACUCACGUGCCGUACCGUGACAGCAAGAUGACCCGUAUCCUGCAGGACUCUCUGGGGGGAAACUGUAGGACCACCAUGUUCAUCUGCUGCUCCCCCUCCAGCUACAACGAUGCCGAAACCAAAUCCACCCUGAUGUUCGGACAACGUGCUAAGACCAUCAGGAACACGGCGUCCGUCAACCUGGAGCUAACGGCCGAUCAGUGGAAGAGGAAGUACGAGAAGGAGAAGGAGAAGAACAAGACCAUGAAGGAGACCAUCCAGAGGCUGGAGGCUGAGCUCAACCGCUGGAGGAACGGGGAGAACGUUCCUGAGACGGAGAGGACCACUGCUGACGUGGUGCGUCUGGAGUCGGUGGAGGAGCGGAGUCCCAUGAUGAUCCUGGACAACGACACCUCCUCCAUCGUGGUGCGCAUCUCCGAGGAGGAACGUCAGAAAUACGAGGAGGAGAUCCGCAAGCUCUACAAGCAGCUGGACGACAAGGAUGAUGAGAUCAACCUGCAGUGUCAGUUGGUUGAGAAACUGAAGGAGCAGAUGCUGGAUCAGGAUGAGCUGCUGGCAUCUUCUCGUGGGGAUGGGGACAAGGUGCAGGCAGAGCUGGGUCGUCUGCAGGUGGAGAGCAGCUGUGCCAAGACAGAGGUGAAGGAGGUGCUGCAGGCCCUGGAGGAGCUGGCCAUCAACUAUGACCAGAAGAGCCAGGAGGUGGAGGAGAAGGGCCUGCAGAACCAGCUGCUGGCCGACCAGUUGGCCCAGAAGAUGGCCAGUCUGAUGGAGCUGGAGGCAGAGCUAUCCCACAUGCAGGAAGUGAGUGGUCAGCAGAGGAAGCGCAUCGCUGACGUCCUCAACGGCCUGAUGAGGGACCUAAGUGAGUUCAGCACCAUUGUGGGCAACGGGGAGAUCAAGCUGCCGGUGGAGAUCAGCGGGGCGAUCGAGGAGGAGUUCACGGUGGCCCGUCUCUACAUCAGUAAGAUCAAGUCGGAGGUCAAGUCCAUGGUGAAGCGCUGUCGCCAGCUGGAGAACCUGCAGCUGGAGUGUCAUCGCAAGAUGGAGGAGACGGGCCGCGAGCUCUCCUCCUGCCAGCUCCUCAUCUCACAGCAUGAAGCCAAGAUCCGGUCUUUGACGGAGUACAUGCAGAGUGUAGAGCUAAAGAAGAGGAUGCUGGAGGAGAGCCACGACUCCCUCAGCGAGGAGCUGGCCAAGCUGCAGGACCCAGCCAAGCUGCAGGCCCCAGCCAAGCUGCAGGACCCAGCCAAGCUGCAGGACCCAGCCAAGCUGCAGGACCCAGCCAAGCUGCAGGACCCAGCCAAGCUGCAGGACCCAGCCAAGCUGCAGGACCCAGCCAAGCUGCAGGCCCCAGCCAAGCUGCAGGACCCAGCCAAGCUGCAGGACCCAGCCAAGCUGCAGGCCCCAGCCAAGCUGCAGGCCCCAGAUAACUCUCUGCUUGAAGAGAAGGAUGGAGAGAAGGGUGAGACCGAGGAGGGUAACGUCAAGAAGGUUCCUCGGCAGCAAGGGGAGGAGUCUCACCGUGGUCUGCACCACAUGCAGAUGGCCCGUCUCCGGGAUGAGAUCAACGAGAAGCAGAGGAUCAUCGAUGACCUCACUGAUCAUAACCAGAAGCUGCAGAUUGAGUUGGCUCAGGUGCUUGCCGACUUUGACCGUCUGAAGAGCGUGGACAGCAGCAAGAGCGAGCGGCUGGAGGAGCUGUCAUUUCUACAUGAGCGCCAUGAGCAGACCAAGCAGGAUCUCAAAGGGCUGGAGGAGACUGUCGCCCGAGAGCUCCAGACCCUCCACAACCUGCGCAAGCUGUUCGUUCAAGACCUCACGUCGCGGGUUAAAAAAAGUUCCGAAAUGGAACCUGAUGAUAGUGGGGGGUCUUGCACCCAGAAACAGAAGAUUUCCUUUCUUGAGAAUAACCUGGACCAGCUUACAAAGGUUCACAAACAGCUGGUUCGUGACAAUGCAGAUCUGCGUUGUGAGCUUCCAAAGUUGGAGAAACGUCUUCGGUCUACUGCUGAGAGAGUUAAGGCCCUGGAGACGGCACUGAGGGACGCCAAGGAGGGCGCCAUGAUCGACAGGCGUCGCUACCAGCAGGAAGUGGACCGCAUCAAAGACGCCAUGAGAACCAAGAACACUCUGAGACGCCCCCAUGCUGCACAGAUCGCCAAACCAGUGCGUCCGAAGCAGCUGCCAGUGUGCUCUCCUACCAACCCGUUCUACACACAUGUCAGUGAGCCGGCCAACACCUACAGUAAUGCCCUGUUCCAGAGUGCCAUCACAGAACAGACCACCGUACCUAACUCUCAGCUCAGCUCCGUCCAGACAAACAUAGUGUCCACAGGACUGGGCUACAGAGCAGUCAACCCCACAGACAUGCUGGAGUCCUACCCACUCAACAUAGACAGGGAUAACGGAAACACUGUAGACAUCAAUGACAACAGGAGUGAUGGGCACUGUGGCAGUGAGGUGGAGGACCCAGGCAGACUGUACAUCAUUCAGCAGGAGACUGCUGCAAGUUAA